AUGGCUCCAUCAGGCUACACCUUGCCGCAGUCUUUCUACAGUUUGAUCCUUUACUCCCUGGCCAAACACCCCAAGCAUCAGCAGAUUUGCCAAGAGGAGAUCCAAAGUGUCCUGGGGGAUGGAGCCCUCAUUACCUGGGACCAUCUGGACAAGAUGCCUUACACCACUAUAUGCAUCAAGGAGUCUCUAAGAAUCUACUCACCAGUUCCAAGUAUUGGCAGGGUGUGCAGUAAGCCUGUCACCUUUCCUGAUGGAAGGUCCUUACCAAAAGGAACCAGAAUCUCACUAGACAUUCACGCUCUUCACCACACCCCGAAGGUGUGGUCAGAUCCAGAGGUAUUUGAUCCGAUCCAGUUUGCACCAGGCUCAUCCCGACACAGCCAUUCCUCCCUACCUUUCUCAGGAGGAUCUAGAAACUGCAUUGGGAAGCAAUUUGCCAUGAACGAAUUGAAGGUGGCUGUGGCCCUGACCAUUCUCCGCUUUCAGCUGUCACCAGACCCCACCAAGGAUCCCAUCCCUAUUUCAAGAAUUGUGUUGCAGUACAAAAAUGGGAUUCAUUUACACCUGAAAAAGAUCUGCUAG